AUGUACCUGUCGCCACUCGCGCUCGCCGCCCUCACAUUGGUCCUAGCCUACGAGGGUCUCCAGCUCGACAUCGAUCCCCGCGCUCUUCCCGUCCGCGAUCACCACCGGGUGCCCGGAUAUCGCGCCUGUCCAGGCUCCAAGCACGGGAAGCGCGGCGCACCGCCAGACCUCGUUGUCGGCGGGCUCUCAGUUGAGGUGCAUGGGCAGGAGCAGCCCAAGCUCGAGCGCCGGGCCGCCAACGGCUCGAUCAUUGCCUUAGGCUCAGCUGCCAACACGUACGUCAUCCCCAUCGGCCUCGGCACGCCCGGCAUCGCCUACCCCCUCCAGCUCGACACGGGUAGCUCCGACCUGCUCAUCGCGUCGUCAGGCUGCGGUGACAACUGUCCAGAAAGCUCCGACUGGAAUCCUUACUAUGGCCUCGAGUACUAUUCAUCCUCAUUUUCGGCAGUCGGCAACAACGACACGCUGUGGAGCAGCUCGUUUAGCGACGGCUCGGUCGCGAGCGGCUUCGUUGCUCGCGAGCGUGUAGGAAUCAGCACCGUGUCCAUCGACGGCCAGGUGUUUGGCCUCAUGAACGCGACUAACCUCACGCUGUCCGACCAGAAAAUAUCUGGCAUCCUCGGCCUCGGCUUCCCCCGCCUCUCGAUGAUUUCCCGGAUCCUCCUGAAUCAGGAUGCGGCCAGGCGGGCUGCGGCCCAGUCGCAGUUGUCCACACCUGCUGCGGCGAGUGGUGCGCCUGCGACUGUCGGUUUAUCUGAGGCCGGUGCGCCCUCCUCACCGACUGCGGACGCAGCGACGAUCAACGAGACCCUGUCAUCUGCUCCUCAGCGACGCCAGGCAGGGAGCGCCACACUAUCGAGCAUGAAUAUGAGCGCCAGCACUAGCGUUGCGCCUGCCGCGGCACGUUCCUCGUCGGCCUAUCUCCCGCCUGUCCUCGAGUCCCUCGUCACGAAGGCUCUCGUCCCCUUCCCCGCCUUCGGUCUUGCCCUAUCGCCUCCACCAAACGCCGCAUUUCCGCCGCCUGACACGACAUCCAAGGGCGCGGUUAGCCGAUACGCUCUCAAAGUCGGCUCACUCACCCUCGGCGGUGUCUCUGAGCACUACGUUUCGUCCAACGCGACGUCGGGCCGGACAGUUAACGACAUUGAGUGGCACCCCGUGAUUCCGUUUGCACCACUGAACACCACUGCGUCAGGAUUGCCAUCGGUACCUCCAAUGCCUGCUCCGACGGGCGGGACGGGCGGAGCGGGCGUGCCCCUUUCUGCCACCGAGCUGGACGGCGAGGGAUACCUCUAUUGGGCACUGCAGAUGACGAGCGUUGCAGUCAACGGCACGGCCAUGCCCGUCAACUCGACUUACCGCGCACUCGGGAUUCCGUCAAUCGCAGCGAUUGACGCGGGAUCCAAUGGUCUCUACGGACCGGAACAAGACGUCGUCCAGAUCUUCCGGAGCAUUAAGGACGCGCGGCAGGUCGCGACGGGCCAGUGGGCCGUCCCAUGCAACACGCAGGCGACGCUCGGCUUCUCCUUCGGAGGAAAGUAUAUCAACCUCCAGCCCAGCGACUGGAUGUACGCGGCUGUUGCCGGCUCGUCCUUCUGUCUCGCGUGGCCGGUCGCUGUACCGCAGACGGGCGACGGCGUCGACUGGACGCUUGGUGCGCCCUUUCUCCGCAGCACAUACACUGUGUUCAGCUACGGCAUCAACGGUGGCCAAGCGCCACAGAUCGGCUUCUUACCACUACACGACACGACACCAGCUCCAGCCGGCAGCGGUGCGCCUGUCCCGGUGAUUCCUGCAGCCAUGACACAGACGGUGGCCACGAUCCUUCCAAACCAACUCAUCACGGGACCCAACUACCCCGUACCAACAUACGUCUUCAACACGCCUGGCCCGCAGUCGGGCUCACCGCAGUCGAUGGGCCUCGCUCCACCAAGCGCGUACUCGUUAUCCGUACCGCCAGUCAUCACCCUCCCAAGCCCGAGGCCAAGUUCCAACGCUACCCAGAGCGUCCCGGACGUGCCUGGGUGGCCGGCCGACUCGGCCGAGCACGCCACGAGUGCCGCGGGGAGAGCGGGCGUCAGCGUUGCGCUGCUGCUCGCGGCGUUACUUGCUGCUCUGUAA